UCGGGGCGGGCGGCGGCGGCGGGCGAUGGGCGGCGGGAGCUGAGCUGAGCUGAGCGGCCUGCAGGGCGCCGCGCACCGCGGGCUGCGCCUGGCGGGGGGCAUCGCGGCUCUUGGCUUUUUACCGAAGUUUUUUUUUUUUUUUUUUCCUCCGCUUACUUCCGCGGGUUGGAUACUGAGUGCGCGAAGAGUUUGGGAUUCUUUUUCUUUUUUUCUUUUUUUCUUUUUUUCCUUUUUUUUUUUUUUUUUUUAAUUUGUUCUUUCUGAACCGCUUCUCUCGGUGCGUGCCUCCCCCCCCGCAGCGGGGUUGCGGCGGGGAGCCGAACCGCACUGACAGCCCCGCCGUGAUCGUACCAUGUAAAUUGGAUAGCACGAGCUCUGGGCAGAGGCUCCAAUGAGUGGCACACAGCCCGCAACCACGGACAGGUUUCCUCUUAAAAAACCUACAAGGCACGGCAGCAUUCUGAGCAGAGAGUCUCCAGCAGACAAGAAGCAGAAGGUUGAGCGCUGCAGCAGCACCCACGACUUCGAUCCGACAGAUAGCUCCUCCAAGAAGACAAAGUCUAGUUCGGAGGAGAGUAGAUCCGAGACGUAUGGUCUUGUUCAGCGGUGUGUUGUUAUCCAACGGGAUGAAAAUGGAUUUGGGCUGACAGUCAGUGGAGACAACCCAGUCUUUGUGCAGUCUGUCAAAGAAGAUGGAGCAGCCAUGCGAGCUGGAGUGCAAACGGGUGAUAGAAUUAUCAAGGUGAAUGGCACUCUUGUAACACACUCAAACCAUUUGGAGGUGGUAAAGCUGAUCAAGUCGGGUUCCUAUGUAGCUCUCACUGUUCAGGGGCGCCCACCGGGGUCGCCCCAGAUUCCCUUGGCUGAUUCUGAAGUGGAUCUGGCAGCAUUUGGGCAUAUGUCUCCCAUCAUGACAUCACCCCAUUCUCCUGGCACAUCAGGAAAUGCAGAAAGGAUUACUAGCCCGGUGCUUAUGGGGGAGGAGAAUAAUAUUGUCCACAACCAGAAGGUGGAGAUUCUGAGAAAGAUGCUACAAAAAGAGCAAGAGCGGCUGCAGUCUCUGCAAGAAGAGUACAGCCGAUCUGCCAGCUCACGACUGCUCAGAGAGAUACAGGAAACAAAGAAGCACAUUACUCAGCUGCAGGAGCAGCUGUCCAAAGCCACAGGCUGUGCUCAGGAUGGAGUUUUGUCCUCCAGGUCUGUGGCAGAAUCGCUGCAGGUCAGUGAAGUGGAGGCAGAGAGUGGGGAUGCUCUGAGCAAACUGGAUUACAGUAGUGACAGCCCCUCUCGACCAAACAGUGACAUUGCUGAUAGUCCUCGCAGUGGCCUGAAGGAGCGGGUUUAUCUGGAUGAGAGCCCAGAGAAGACUGAGGUUCAAGAUACUGAUUCUCAGUCCAGCAUUGGAAGUCCUUCAUCCCGUGUGGGACCACAGAUCAUUGGAGCAGAGGAUGAUGACUUUGACACUGAGCAGGAGCAGAUAAAUGGACAAUGCAGUUGUUUCCAAAACAUUGAGCUCCUGAAGUCUCGCCCAGCUCACCUGGCUGUUCUUCUGCACCAUGUGGUGUCCCAGUUUGACCCUGCAGCAUUGUUGUGCUACCUUUACUCAGACUUGUACAAGCAGACCAAUGCAAAAGAGACUCGGCGUGUCUUCCUGGAGUUUUACCAGUUCUUCUUGGACCGAGCUGCAAAUCUUAAAGUUCCAAUACCAGAUGAAAUCUCUGUAGAUCUAGAGAAAAGAAGGCCAGAACUCAUUCCUGAAGAGCUUCAUCGCCACUACAUACAAACUAUGCAAGAUAAAGUCUGUCCAGAAGUUCAGAGGAAUCUGGAAGAUUUCAGGCAGAAACGUAGUAUGGGGUUGACCCUGGCAGAGGGAGAGUUGACCAAGUUGGAUGCAGAAAGGGUUCGUGACCGGAACGCGGUGGAGAAGGAAAGAGCAUGUGCAGAACAGAUUAUUGCCAAAAUUGAGGAAGUCCUGAUGACAUCUCAGCCUUUGGAGGAAGACAAGAGCUCCACCAUACAAUAUGUGAUUCUUACUUACAUGAAGCACCUGGGAGUCAAAGCUAAAGAGGCUCGGAACCUGGAACAGAAGCGUGGCCGUAUUGGUUUCUUGCCAAAGAUCAAGGUACAGAGUAUCAAGAAAGAGAAAGAAGGAGAUGAAAAAGGAAAGAGGAGAGGCUUUCCUAAUCUCUUGGGCCCACCAAGGAGACCAAGCCGACAUGACAGCAGUGCAAUUGGCAGAGCCAUGGAGAUACAGAAGCAACGGCACCAAAAGCACAUCCCUGCAGUGCCUUCUGUUAGCCCAGAGCCUCCAGAUUCAGGCAAGCUGCGCCAGAGUGGGUCCUCCAGUGAUGGCACAGAUGCACCAUACCCACCUGCCAACCCAAUGUCUCCUUUGGCAGUGGGUCCUUUUUCAUCUCCAGAGGGAAACAAGGACAGUGAAUCAGGCUCAAAGCAGACAGGAGAAGCCCCACCUGCUAAUGAGUGUGUGGAUGGCACACCCCGCACACCCAAUACUACUUUUGAAUUCCCAUCUCCCUUGGAAAACUUGCCAGAGGAGGAGGGAGAGUCAGAGAGAGUGGUCGACAUGGGGACACCAAAGCCUUUUCGCAAGAUGGACAGCGUUGGUUUUGCAGAUGUACAAAGUGAAGAUGAGCUGUAUGACUUUGACAUGGACACAGACCCCCCUAACUGGCAGCAGCUUGUGAGCCGAGAAGUGUUGAUGGGACUGAAACCCUACGAGAUCAAGAGGCAAGAAGUGAUUAAUGAGUUGUUUUACACUGAGAGAGCUCACGUCCGCACCCUGAAGGUUCUGCACAACGUUUUCUAUCAGCGUGUCACCCGGGAAGGGAUCCUCAACUCCAGUGACAAAAGGAAGAUCUUUUCAAAUCUGGAAGAUAUCCUGGGGCUUCAUGUCGCAUUGAAUGAUCAGAUGAAAGCGGUCCGGAAAAGGAAUGAGACUUCUGUUAUUGACCAAAUUGGGGAGGACUUGCUUUCUUGGUUCAGUGGAGCAGCAGAGGAGAAGCUGAAACAUGCCACUGCCACGUUCUGCAGUAACCAGCCCUUUGCUCUGGAGGUCAUAAAGUCCCGUCAGAAGAAGGACUCUCGUUUCCAGACUUUCGUGCAGGAUGCUGAGAGUAAUCCCCUGUGUCGCCGCCUGCAGCUGAAGGAUAUCAUUCCAACAGAGAUGCAGAGAUUGACAAAGUACCCCCUUCUGCUGGAUAACAUUGCAAAGUACACAGAACUGCCUGAAGAGAAGGAGAAGGUGAAGAAAGCAGCAGAUCAUUGCCGUCAGGUCCUUAACCACGUGAACCAGGCUGUCAAGGAAUCGGAGAACAAGCAGCAUCUGGAAGAUUAUCAGCGUCGUCUUGACCUGUCCUACUUAAAGCAGUCUGAGGAUCCCAUGAUGGAUGAGUUCAGGAACUUGGAUCUCACAAAGAGAAAAAUGCUUCAUGAAGGACCUUUGACUUGGAAGGUUAAUCGUGACAAAACUAUCGAUCUCUACACUCUGCUCUUGGAGGACAUUCUGGUGCUGUUGCAGAAACAAGAUGAUAAGCUGGUCUUGAAGUGUCACAGUAAAAUCUUGGCAUCGACAGCUGAUAGCAAGCACACCUUCAGUCCUAUCAUCAAACUGAACACUGUUCUGGUUCGUCAGGUGGCAACAGAUAACAAAGCUUUCUUCGUCAUCUCCAUGUCAGAAAAUGGUGCUCACAUUUACGAGCUGGUGGCACAGACAGUUUCAGAAAAGAACGUAUGGCAGGACCUCAUAGCUCAGAUGGCAGGGAAUGUAAAAAUGGAGAGUAGCAGAAGAGUGAUUCCAUUACCACAGUCGGGACCUGGCGAAGAAGAGCGUGAAGAAGAGGAGCAGCAGAAGCUCAAAGACCAGCAUGACAUUCCUGCCAGUAGCCUGCAAAGCCCAGACAAAGAUCUGGGCCUAGACUCUCCACUGAUACUGAAUGCUCAGACUUCACCCACCAUGUCUGAAAAGUCUGAGGUGGAAAGUCUUCUUGUGGCAGAGAGACAGUUUGAUAAAGUGCAACAGGCAGACCUGGCCCUGAAGGAGUCUUCUCCAUGCUAUGAACACACAGCCACCAAUUUACCUUUGGUAUCAGGAGGGCAGUGGGCACUGGAUGCAUUAAGGAACCUGGACUUGCUGAAAAAGCUGUUGGUCCAACAGCUUGGCUUUGCUGAGAAGGGGACCCUCGAAGACCGGCAGCGCUUUCCCAGGUUCAGGACUGUCUCUCAAGAGGCACAAACAGAGAGUGGAAGUGAGCUUGGACUGCAGCACUCCAACCAUAACAAAUUUCACCAGCCUGGAGCAGACCCCACGCUUCCAAGAAGCGGAACUAACGAGCCCACAGCUAAUUAUGGCCUCCGGACUUCAGCUGAAUCACCAACUCCAGGGGAUGCCAUGCAGCUGGGAGCAAGAGACCCCAGACCCAGCAGUAACUUAGCGAUGGACCGCAUGGGUGUGAGUCUGGAGGUCUCUGCCACAGAGCUGGAAGGGGUGGGUGCUGAUGAGAGUGGGGAGCAUUUCUUUGAUGCCCGAGAAGCUCACAGUGAUGAAAAUCCAUCUGAAAGUGAGCUAAUGGAAAGGAAGGACGAGGAGGAUGUGCAAAUACGGAUCUCAGGAAAUUAUUUGAUCCUUGAUGGAUAUGAAGCAGUGCAGGAGAGCUCCACGGAUGAGGAGGUGUCAUCUCUGGUUCUCCAGGGUGCUGCAGGUGGCCACACCUCUUUGGACUCUGCACAGCAGCAGCCCCUUUCCCCACGGGACACGCAGUCGGAUGGAGGGAGCUCCCCUUUUGCAGAGGAGAUGAUGGUUUCCCGCUGGGGAGGAGUGGAAGAGCCCUGCACGGUUGUAGCAAACCCUCCCUUCUGGUCUAUAGAGUCACGCGUGCAGAUGAUGCAGUAUAUUCAGAAGAUAGAGAAUGACCUUGAAAAGUUAAAGGAGGUUGAGGAAGACUACAUCAUUCUCCGUCGCCAAGGGCUGGCUGGGUCAGCCUCCACAGGAGAGCACUCAGAGAAAAGUUAGUCGUGUUUUCAGGACAACUGAAGAUUGGAUGAGGACUAUCAGGACUCAGCACCUGCUGCCUUCCUUGUGGACUCUAAGACAAGAGGGUUCAGACCAUCCAAACGUGGACCAUCCUCUAGCAAAGCGGGCAUGGGUGCUUUUCCUGUGGGGCAUCUGCACUAUCUUGUCAGUGAGGGAGUCUGUUCUAUUCUACUCCUCCUCUCCUUGCCACCAGAAAUUCUUUUUUUUUUUUUUUUUUUUUCAGAACAGAAAAACCAAACCAAAUGUACAGAGCUUUGGGUGUAGGAUAUAAAAAUGUAUUUAGACAUUUAAAAAAAAAAAAAAAAAAUCAUUGUAUUUAUUUGACUUCAUUCCGUGUAUCAAAAGCACAUUUUAAUUUUUUAAUCUGCCUAUUUUUUUUUUGUUGUUGUCGUUGUUCUAUUUUAAUUGGGUAAUGACAGUUCUAGCCCUGUGCAUCCAGUGUGCUGUGCCACCUGCUGCUCCUGAGCCUCGUUAGGUCCCAGGGCAGAAGGUGUGCCUUGUGCAAGUGUACCUUCACUUCACUGGACUGGACUCUGCACUCCCUGCUGGCACCCAAACUGCCAGGCAAAGAGCCACUUAUGAAGGUGUUACGAUGACUUGUGGCUGGAACUGUGUGCAUCCAACGGUUGCAUGGGAAAUGCUCAUGUCACCAUGUGUCCAACAAGGGUUUUCCAUGCUCUGAGUAGCCAGGCACUUGGGCAAAGUUUUUUUUUCCCCCCCCCCUCUCUCCCAUUAGGGUUCUCCUUUGUUGACAUGCGAGAUAAGACUGGGAGAGGAGAAUUGGUUUAAUUUUUUUUCUUGACUUUGUUGGCUUUGAUCAUUGUCUCCUUUGUAAAGUGAUAAAAUUACUUGGACCUGCAGCACUUUUGUAACUCUUCUCUGGAUCAAAAAAAGAAAAAAAAAGAAAAAAAUGCAAACCCAGAAGUGUUUCAAAGAUGUGGGGCGGAUGGGUGUCUGUCCCUGAUUCACUACUGAAUGAAUAAGGGCUGCCAUUUGAGUUAGCCACAGGUACUGCUGAUUAUAGGGCCAGUAAAUUUUAGUACCUGAACGUAUGUCUUGCUGAGGGCUUGGGGUGUUCAGUUGUUGUUUCUUUCUUUGUGCCAAUGUGUUCUCACUGAAACGGAGAUGUGCAAAGCAAAGGAGGCUGAAACAGCUCUCCAGCACUUCCCUAGGCCUGUUCUGAUGGGGGUUUGCUGUUGAAAUACCUUCCUGUCUGGGAACAAGAUGUAACCAUCAGCCACCAGCGGAGCCAAUGCUGGGCAGCCUCUGCUGGCUGUGCACUGCCCUGGGUUGGUCCUGGGAUGGGCAGCAGCAUGGCUCUGAGAGUGGGGCAGCUGUAGUGCAAAGCAUGCAAAGCUGUCCCUUUUUCCACCCUCUUUCCUUCCAGGUUUUAAACAAUUUAACAAAGCCGAACUGAACAGCAUGCCAAACCUGUAAAUCCCAUUAACCCAUCAGAACUGCAAUAGCAGCUGCAAUUGCGUGGAUCAUGAAGUGCUGAGAAUCUGUCUUUGGUCAGCAGAAAGAUCGUACUCCCUGCUCCAUUAAAACAAAUGUUUUCUCGUAAGCUAUUGGCACAGAGUCAGAUCUCUCCUUUUUUUUAAACUUAAGCUGGAAAGGAGAUCCUUUUUCUUCUUCCCAUUAGAAAUAGGCAAGGGAUAAGUUCAUGUAAGGAUUGAACAGAGAGGAUUUGGGGCCUGGUGUGAAAGAAGGAGCCCCGAUCCCUUAUGGAGCAGGGAGGAGUUCCUCUUUUGAAGAGCUGAUUGCACAAAGUGUCACUGUUCACCAGCAGGAGCAUUGCACUGCCAACACAAGCCAAAGUGUUCUCUUCCAUGCUGGCAGGAGCUGCUUCUUCCUUGGGUCCUGCUCAGGUCCAUCCUGCUCACCCCAUGAACGUUCUGUCAGUAUUAGCCAGGCACUUCCCUCCUUACCUGCUGGGACCUCCCCUCCUCGCCUUCAGCCCCACCAGUUCCUUUGGUUAGAAGCACCCACGCUUCCUCUGCUUAGCCCCAGAAGUAGAAUGCUGCCUCAUGCUGAUGCAGCAGCUUUACCCGAUCCUGCCAGAAACUCAGCUGGGCUGCAGCCAAACCUGCUAUCCAGCUCCCUUUAUUCCCCACCCCAGAUCAUCCCCUCGGUCAGUUGGCACAGUGCUGGUCUGCAACCCACACUCCAGAAACAGGAGCAGUCCUUGGACUCACUGUCCAAAAGCUUGCCAGCCUACGAGCUGCUGGAGUCCCCCAUAAUGCUGGAUGUAAGCUGGGACGAGGGCAGGGGCAGCUCUGUCCCUUUUCACUCUCAGGAUGCACGGGGGGGAAAUAUCUUUGCUUUCUGCUGGGCUGACAGGUGGCAGGGAACUCAUUUGGGGUGACUGGUCUGCAGUGCAGGAGGCUGCAGAGUGCUGUAAGGAAUGGCAGAGAAACCCUACCUGUUUGAACCCAGCUGUAUGGAAAACAGAAAGGUCACACCAUGGGUUUUUGUUUCUGUUGCGUUCUGUUUCUGCUGCUGCUUUGUUGGUCAUCUUGGCAAAUGGGGCAUUACUCCCCUAGAGAAAUGAUGGUGGGGUCAGGGAUCUGUGCGCAGUAACCCGGAAUGAUGAGGGGUUCCUUUCUACUCUCUGGCACAUCUACUGUAUGGCAGAACCUCAGGCCGUGCCUCGCUGUGCGGAAGGAGCUGGAACUAAAUGCACUUUUCAGGAUUCCCCUUUCCCCUCCAAGCCAUAAUGUUACCCUUUCUUAAAUUCCAAUUUCCAGGGUAAGAAAGCAUUUUAAUUCGCUCCUGGUUGGUGAUUGUACAUUCCCUUCCUCAGACUGGACAGCAGAGCAAGGCAGUGCUCUCUGGUUUCCUUGCCCAGCCCAUCCUUCCUCCAAUUUAGUUCUUUCCUCCCAGCUAUGAGAUGCUGUCUGGCGUUGUGUUCUCUCUCUGCUCCCCAAAGAAGCCCCCCCUUCCCCCAAAGGUGCCAACUGACAAGCAGAUGUACUGCAAAAGGGAUUCUGCAGCCAAAACACUGCUGUUGCAUUUUGAAUUCAGUCUUUCGGAGCUCUCUUCAUAUUAGAAUAUUUUUAUUUUCUUUGUACAACAUACAAUCAUGUACUCUUAACAGAGAUCUACUUUAAAGAGAAGAAAAAAGAAAGAAAUCUGGAAGUAUUCUUUAAAAAAAAAAAAAUACACAAGAAUCUUUAUUAAUAAUCCUGUAUUUUUACUGAUCAUGUUUGAAUGUCUAAAAAGACUUUAUUGUUCUAAUUAUCCAGAUGUAUGUUUGUAAAAUAGCUCUUUUAUGACUUAGCUGAUAAGGUUGUAUGUUUCUGGAAUUAAAUAUUGGUCACUUAAAAAAAAAAAAAAGAAAAAUGUUGUUUUCAGGAUCUGGGAAAUAGAAAAUUUACGCGUUUCAAAUAUCAUUAAAUAAGCUUAAAGGAAA